AAGAAAUCAUUCUUCUAGCAACAACUAUUACUGUUUCCUAUGGUUGCUUACGAGACGGAAUUGUGCUACUGUGUUUACCAGGGGCGCUUUCAGUCCUCAGUCAUCAAAGUUACCUUAGCAUGAUCGAAAUCCAACUCUCCUCCAUUGCACGCAGACAACCUAUUCGUUUCUCUCUUUGACCAGUGCUAUCCCAACGAAGUUAUAAAGGCUGCCAGGGGUUCUCGCCAUCUUCUCUGCUGUCCUUUACCCGAGUCGUCCUACUCCCAUGUCCACAGAUCCCACCUCUAAGGCAACGUAUCCUCAAACGGGAGGUUCCAAGCUGGAGCACCACGAUCUCCCAUCACAUACCGCUCGCUCCUUGACGAUGACGAUUGGCGCUAGUACUUCAUCGAGUGACGGCGGGGCAGCCAACAUCGGGCCUUCGGAUACGCAAACGCUUCCUGAAGCAGCCACUUCCGCCAAAGCCAUCAAAAUGGCGAUACAUCCUACUGACACGCCGCUUAACCCGAUUGCCAGGCCUUUCGUACCCAGAAAUUCAAUAGAGCCUCCUUUACCUCCAAAUCCUCAAACUACCGCACAAGCUAAACCGAACUCGUGUGAUCCCCAAGAACCAAGUUGGAAUGGAGCUUUUGUUUCUGGAUGUUUAGAAGAUCCGUCGGCGAAAUGGAAUGUGGCAAGGCGUGCCUCUCAAGUCGUUUGUUCGCCGUCGUUCUCCGAGAAAGAUCUUGGCCUUCUCACACGCAAGUUCUGCCGGCGGGCCCAUAUCCAAGAAACGGGACGAGGAUCUGAGUCUCUCGCAAUGUUUGCCGCCGAAGUUCAUCGCACUGUAAAUGUUUUCUACGGAGCUCACCAAGCUUUCUUGUUCCGUCAGAAAAUGGCUACUUAUGCUGUUAGUACCUUUGUCGAUAAAUGGGAUGUCGUAUGUUUGUUGGUUCCGUGAGAUAUGCGUGUUUCGCUGAUUGCCCGAUUGCAGAAAAUACCCAAGGCAGCAGUUGCCUUGUUUCCCAAACCCGUUCCUCUUUUUUUUGUCAAGACCACGAUGUCGCUUCUCGAUUUUAUUGGAGAGCUCCAUGUCCACGGGAUUAUCGAAGGACAUCACACAUUUGCAUGCCUGAGGGUCAUGCAUUCAAGGGGAGGAUGUUGGCGACCCGAUGGAGAGAACAGGGACAUUCUGGAGGUGAAGACGUCUCUGGGGACCUUCUUGGAUGCCUCGAGCAAGGUCACGGACGACAUGAGCUUCACCGGCACUUCAUAUGCCCCAUCAAACAAGAAGAGAUGGAUCAACGAGACUGAGCAGCUUGCUACUAGCAGCGGUUUGAAUUAUGAUUAGGAUAUGUAAA